AUGCUUACUCGCUGUUUGCCGACACUUCAGAAGGUCACUGCUGCUGGCUUCCAUAAAAUGAAGUUCCGGACUUUUCCGCCAGCCAGAGUUGCCAUCACCGGAGCUCGAGGCUCCGUUGGAACUAAUUUGGCAUUCAGAAUCGCUAUGGGAGAUACGGUGUAA